AAAAGUUUAAUAGGUUAGAUAAUGCUUGUGACAUGUCACUUCCGUUACAAAUAAUUCUCUACUCUACACUCUAGUUCUCGUGGCACAUUGUUCAUUGUAGUUUAUCCAACAAAUACCGAAAGCCAUGGGUUUUGGUUGUAAUUUAUUUUGUUUUCUCUGCAUUUUUACAUUCGCUAAUGCCGGUGGACCAACUUUAGUUCUUCUUGAUAAUCUUGCUAUUAAAGAAACGCAUUCAAUAUUUUUUAAAUGGCUUCAAGAUCGUGACUACACAUUAACUUUCAAGCUUGCAGAUGAUGCUAAUUUAGUUAUUUCAAAGUAUGGAGAAUUCAUCUACAAUCAUUUAAUUAUCUUUGCACCAAGUGUAGAAGAAUUUGGAGGAGCUUUGAAUAUCGAUGCUAUCACCGAUUUUAUAGAUAAUGGAGGAAAUGUUUUGGUAGCAAGUUCAUCAAAUUCAGGAGAUGCUUUGAGAGAAUUAGCUAGUGAAUGUGGUUUUGAAAUUGAUGAAGAAAAAGCCACAGUCAUUGAUCAUUUGAAUUAUGAUGUUAGUGAUAGUGCAUAUCAUACGAAAAUAGUCACUGGUCCUGACAAUCUUAUAGAUGCUCCUGUAAUAGUCGGAAGCAAAAAUGUUGCUCCAUUACUUUAUGAAGGAACUGGAUUAAUUGCGGAUCCGGAAAAUCCUCUAAUCCUCCGUCUUCUCACAGCAUCUAAUUCUGCAUAUUCUUAUAAUCCUGAACACCCAAUUAAAGAAUAUCCUCAUGCUGUUGGAAAAAAUACAUUACUAAUUGCUGCUCUUCAAGCAAGAAAUAAUGCUAGAGUUUUAUUCUCUGGAUCUCUUUACUUCUUCAGUGAUGAAGCCUUCACUAGUCCAGUUCAGAAAGCUAAUGAUGGUCAAAAAUAUGAUAAAUCUGGAAAUGAAGUAGUCGCUAAAGAAAUGACCCAGUGGGUCUUCAAAGAAAAUGGUGUUAUUCGAGUAUCUACAGUCAGUCACCAUAGAAUUGGAGAGCACAAGCCUCCAACAGCUUACACUAUUAUGGAUGAUGUUAUUUAUUCAAUCACAAUUGAAAAAUUAUCAGGAAACAAGUGGAUUCCAUAUGAAGCAAAUGAUGUACAGUUGGAAUUUGUUAGAAUUGAUCCAUUCGUUCGCAUGACUAUGACUCCAUCAGGUUAUGGAAAAUACGAAGCUCGUUUUAAAAUUCCUGAUGUGUAUGGAGUUUAUCAAUUUAAAGUAGACUAUAACAGAAUUGGUUUAACACAUUUAUAUAGUACAACUCAGGUAUCAGUUCGACCAUUGCAACAUACACAGUAUGAACGAUUCAUUCCAAGUGCAUAUCCUUACUAUGUGAGCGCCUUCUCAAUGAUGGGUGGCGUAUUUCUCUUCUCUUUUGUAUUUUUACAUUAUAAAGACAGUGUUAAGUCUAAGGCUGAAUAAACAUAACUACUGUAUAAAAUACUUUAAAGUUAUAAAUUAAAAAAUAUUUGGAAACAAAAAA